CCUGAAAAACACGUGCUAGCAGUGGAAUGUAGCACCGCUCCAAUUCCCCUCAGUUUUCGCUCCAAUUCGGAACCCUCCAAUCCAAAUCGCUCACCAUAAAAAUUUUCCUGAGAAAAUCUUUCAAAUUUCCCAAGCGAGAAAGAAAGUGAGGGAGAAUCGGAGGUAGAAGAAGAUAAUGCAUUCAUUAAGCCUCAAAGUCUGCAGUAAUUGCUGUCCGGGGACGACGAGGACGUGUUUGUCGGGGCGGGGGAGCUUCGGCGUCGCGAAUUCGGAGGUCCGGAACUUGAGAGUCGGGUCGGGGCGUGUGGAUUUUGGGAAAUCGGGUGGGGUCGUGGCGUGCGCCGCGGAGAGGAGCGGGGGGAAUGGGUGGAGUGGAAGUCGGAGUUCGAGUCCGAGUUCCGGUGCGGGUCAGAAACCAAGUUCGUUUCUGUCUCGGAGUCAGAGCUGGGCUUUGUUGAAGCAGCAAAUGGAGGUCGCGUCGAAAUCUGAGGAUUACGAGGAGGCGGCGAGGAUACGGGACUCGUUGAAGUUGUUAGAAGAGGAAGAGCCGGUUUUGUGGCUCCGAAGAAGGAUAAGGGAGGCAAUUGCUGAAGAGAGAUUUGAGGAUGCCGCGAAAUAUCGAGAUGAGCUAAAGGAAAUUGCCCCUUACUCUUUCUUGAAAUGUUCAAGUGAUGCAACAACUUUGGGUAUUCGGGUCCAAGUUAGGAGUGUGUUCAUAGAGGGCAGAAGUCAGCCUUCGAAGGGGCAACACUUCUUUGCAUAUAGAAUACGAAUUACCAAUAACUCAGAUCGCCCUCUUCAACUUCUUAGAAGGCAUUGGAUUAUCACGGAUGCCAACGGAGAAUCCGAAAAUGUCUGGGGGAUUGGUGUUAUUGGUGAACAGCCAGUUAUUUUUCCUCAAACGAGUUUUGAAUACUCAUCAGCUUGCCCAUUAAGCACUCACAGUGGUAGAAUGGAAGGUGAGUUUGAGAUGAAACACAUCAAUAGGGUAAGUUCACAAUCGUUUAACGUGGCAAUUGCUCCCUUUGCCCUCUCGAUAUUGGAAGAUGACAUUGACACCUUUUGAAUUGUCAGAAGUGAGUCGUGGCAUCCCUACGGAGGACAGCGGAAUUUUAUUCCGUAUUGUAUUCAGUAAUUUAGGUGUAAAAAUCAUUUCUGUUCCUGAGGAAUUGGUACAUAAACGAGUAAAGUUCUACGUAGCAGAUUUAGGAAAACGAUUAAUUUGUAAAGAUGAAAGUAUAUAGGUUUUGUGACAGUUUUGUAAGGGAAUAUGUUUGUGUAAGAUUCUCAGUAGCCUAGAGGUUGGAUGGAUACUAGUAGUUUGAAAUCCAAGCUUAGGUAUCUAGUAGGCUUAUAUGACAGUCAUUCUUCAUUGGCAUUGUACGCUCGAUCGUUCUUAAUGUUUCGGUGGCAUGGUGCAUGAUGUGAACAGAAAAGUGCCGAGUAUGUUCGAUGAAUUGCAGGAUGAAGAAUCAGGUUUCUUGUUUAUGCAAUGUCGAAUUUAGUUGUUCAUCUGGUA